GGUGUACAUGGGGGGUGAGAUGGAGGGAAGCUGACAGACUUACCCCAGCAAUUAGGGAAGAUGGCCCAGGCUGGAAGAGUCGCUCCCAAGCCCUACUGUCGUCCCCUUCCCUAAGCCAGCGGGUCUGGGGGACGGAGGGGGAACCUUCCCACCCCAGGCGCCACACGAGAUGGCUCCGUGGCCUCACAGAAACGGCUCUCUGACUUUGUGGUCGGACGCCCCCACCCUGGACCCCAGUGCAGCCAACACCAGUGGGUUGCCAGGAGUACCAUGGGCAGCGGCAUUGGCUGGGGCAUUGCUGGCGCUGGCCACGGUGGGAGGCAACCUGCUGGUAAUCAUAGCCAUCGCCCGCACGCCGAGACUACAGACCAUAACCAACGUGUUCGUGACUUCGCUGGCCGCAGCUGACUUGGUAGUGGGACUCCUCGUAAUGCCACCAGGGGCCACAUUGGCGCUGACUGGCCACUGGCCCUUGGGCGAAACUGGUUGCGAACUGUGGACGUCAGUGGACGUGCUCUGUGUAACUGCCAGCAUCGAGACCUUGUGCGCCCUGGCUGUGGACCGCUACCUAGCUGUCACCAACCCUUUGCGUUACGGCACGCUGGUUACCAAGCGCCGCGCCCGGGCGGCAGUUGUCCUGGUGUGGAUCGUGUCCGCUGCCGUGUCCUUUGCGCCCAUCAUGAGUCAGUGGUGGCGUGUAGGGGCAGAUGCCGAGGCACAGGAGUGCCACUCCAAUCCGCGCUGCUGUUCCUUUGCCUCCAACAUGCCCUAUGCGCUGCUCUCCUCCUCCGUCUCCUUCUACCUUCCCCUCCUUGUGAUGCUCUUCGUCUACGCUCGAGUGUUCGUCGUGGCUAAGCGCCAACGGCGUUUGCUGCGCCGGGAACUGGGCCGCUUCCCGCCCGAGGAGUCUCCGCCGCCUCCGUCGCGCUUUCCGCCCCCUGCCACAGGCAGAACACCCGCGGCACCGGAUGGAGUGCCCUCCUGCGGCCGGCGGCCUGCGCGCCUCCUGCCGCUCCGGGAACACCGCGCCCUGCGCACCUUGGGUCUCAUUAUGGGCAUCUUCUCUCUGUGCUGGCUGCCCUUCUUCCUGGCCAACGUGCUACGCGCACUCGCCGGGCCUUCUCUAGUUCCCAGCGGAGUUUUCAUCGCCCUGAACUGGCUGGGCUAUGCCAACUCCGCCUUCAACCCGCUCAUCUACUGCCGCAGCCCGGACUUUCGCGACGCCUUCCGUCGUCUUCUAUGCAGCUACGGUGGCCGUGGACCGGAGGAGCCACGCGCAGUCACCUUCCCAGCCAGCCCAGUUGAAUCCAGGCAGAGCCCACCGCUCAACAGGUUUGAUGGCUAUGAAGGUGCGCGUCCGUUCCCGUGAAGGGCCGUGGAGAUCCAGCAAGGAAGCUUGCUUGAUCCCCAUCUUCUUGACUGGUUGCCCCAAGAAAUAUUGUUUCCGUUUUUGCAGGACUUUUGGGGAUUUCUUUUUUCCAGAAAGACAAGCAACGACCAUGGAUGCAACAUUUUUAUAAUGCCUUUGAUUUCUACUCAGAGUGAGUCCCCUGGAACCUCAACUCUCCAACGCUCCAGAACCGAUGACUAGACCACAAGGUGUAAGGGAAAUCUUACCAAAUGGGUUUCACCAUCCUCCUCUCUUUCUGAGAGAAGUUGUCUAAGACCCACCUUGAACUUCACUACUACCUCAGCAGCUGGGACGUCAGGCCACCUGUGCUUGACGGCCCUGAGAGGAGCCCUAUGGCUUUGGAGGCCUGCCAGUCACCCUGCCUAUGUUUGUGCUGUAUGCUUAGGGAAAAGAGAGCACCCCUCUCUCCCUUUCUUCCUACUGCUUUCCUAACCCUGAUGAUCGACAUGUUCCUCCACAAAUCACUCUGUCUCCAGGCUCUGUGUCUCUGGUUAGUUUGAGAGCAGGAAGCCAGGAAAAAAAAAAAAAAAGUUUGAGGUUUCAUCCCUGUCUCCUCACUAUGACUCUCUAAGCACCAUCUUGGACCAUCUCUCACAAUAGGCACAAAACAGC